CCGGGCAGCGAGCGGGGCAGCGCGGCGGCGGCGGCAGCAGGAUGCGGGAGGCGCGGUUCAGGGACCACUUCUGGAGCACGGAUCUGACCAGCACAAUYGGCUAUGACAGCAUCAUUCAACACCUGAACGAUGGCAGGAAGAACUGCAAAGAGUUUGAGGACUUUCUGAAGGAAAGGGCAAUUAUAGAAGAAAAAUAUGGCAAGGAACUCAUUAAYUUGUCGAAGAAGAAGCCCUGUGGGCAGACGGAGCUGAACACGCUGAAGAARUCCCUCGAUGUUUUCAAGCAACAAAUAGACAAUGUGGGACAAGGUCACAUCCAGCUGGCGCAAACCCUUCGKGAGGAAGCAAAGAAGAUGGAGGACUUCAGGGAAAAGCAAAAGCUGCAUCGGAAGAAGAUAGAGCUGAUCAUGGAGGCGAUUCACAAAAACAGGAAUCUGCAGUACAAGAAGACCAUGGAGGCCAAGCGUCUGUACGAGCAGCGCUGCCGGGACAAGGAUGAGGCGGAGCAGGCUGUGCAYCGCAACGCCAACCUGGUCACGCAGAAGCAGCAGGAGAAGCUGUUCCUGAAGUUGGCCCAGACAAAAUCAGCUCUGGAGGACACUGACAGGAAUUACCAGCAGAGUGUGACCACACUGGAGAAGAUCCGGGAAGAGUGGCAGAACGAGCACAUCAAAGCUUGUGAGUUCUUUGAGACUCAGGAGUGUGAGCGGAUCAACUAUUUCCGUAAUGCCCUCUGGCUCCAUGUCAACCUGCUCUCCCUGGGCUGUGUCCAGAAUGAUGAGAAAUAUGAGGAAAUCCGCAAGAGUUUAGAAAUGUGCAGCAUUGAGAARGAUGUUGAUUUUUUCGUAAAUUUACGGAAAACUGGAAGUUUGGCUCCAGCUCCUAUUGUUUAUGAAAACUACUAUAAUACCCAGAGAAAUGUGACUCCUGCGAGAAGUCCAGCUCCUGUGCCUAUAUCCAGGAGGGGACCCCUGCCCACCCCGACCAGCGCACCAGGGGAGCCUGAUUAUGCCACAGUCGAUGGCUAUAGCUUGGUACAUUUCUAAGAGUCACAGUUUUCCAGAAGGCAGAAGACACUGUUGGCCUGACCAGUGUGGGAGAGAUGGUGUUUUCAGUCAUUCCCAGACACACAGAGCUGAAGUGCUUCUGCUUUUCAAGAGAACAUUUGAGGACUCCAAUAAUUAGUUGUACAUUCAGAAAGCGCUUACUAAAAAUCUGUGCCUUUGAUCAGCAAACUUCUUGGAUGGAUCUUCAAACUCAGAGGAAGACGAGGAUCAGACACGGGCAAAUCUGUGUUGGAAGAAGUUUUUGAAGUUCUUCUAAAGUGCAGGCACCUAGAGAGAGUGGAGCCUUCCACUUUCUAGAUAACUAAGAAGCUGUAUGUGCUGAGGGGCGUGCUGCUUGGUGYUUUGGGCAUGCUGGCUUGUGUUCAGGGCACAUGCAUCCCUCUCAGAUCUCAGGUUACAMUUCUGUCUGUUCCUUAAGUCUUCUAUUAGUGGGGAUUAAACUUGUCACUUAGGUUAAAUUUUACUCGUAUCUCUUGGGAAUCUUACUYAGAGGGACACCAACAGUUACACCAUGUGUCUGGCUUAGCUGCAGGUGUGCUCCAAGCUGACACUGGAAACUGAUUUUCAUCUACCCAGUGAGGKGCUGUGCCACAUCCAGCCUGCUGGGAGGUCUCAGGAAGGAUCUGAAGGAAUUGGUACAACUCUUCCAACCACUUCUCUGAUAAGGGUCUUGUGAGCUUUUAAGUUCAUCAGGUGGUCCCUCAUAAGCUCUGGAGACCAGGUUGGAAGGGGCUUGGAGCAACUGGGCUAGUGGAAGGUGUUCUGGCCCAGAGCAGGCAGUUGGAACUAGGUGGUCUUUAAGGUCCUUCCCAACCCAAACCAUCCUGGGAAUCUCUGAUUCUAUGAUUUAAUUAACUUCUGUGAUUCUCUAAACUUUGGACUUGUUCUGACUAUGCACCACUGGAAAAAAAAUUAYCUACUGCUGGAGACAUGAAACUUGCUUUCUGACCAGAUCUCCUGAAAGUUYCUGCCCUUCUUGUUACCAUAUGUAUAGGUAUGAUUAUGGCUUUGAUUCAGAAGCUUGUGUGCUUCGGGGCUGCUGGUCUCUCUGAUGUCCCUGUGUGCAGUGCUGCUUCACUGCUCCUCACUGCCUUAUGACACUGGACACAGGGACACAAGACAUGGGGAUAAACACACAAUUUACUUGUCUAAGCCUGCUGCCAGGUCACUAACCUGGAGCAACAGGAUUUGCUGUUUUUAGAAUGUUUUUCAAGUUGAAUCUGCAUGGCUUCUGCAUGUGCCUCAGCCYGUCAGUCCCUGGGGCUUUUAAUGGAUUUAUUUGUGUAGGGAAGAAGACAACAUUCUUCCACUCUUAUGUUAGAGCUCUAACAUCUGCCCUGGUGCCUUACAGUGAGCCRUGCAAAGUGCACAUGCCAAGGAAUCUGCUAUCCUAUUUUAUUUCUGAAAGACCGAGGAUACAAAUACUCUUCUGAAGGAGCCUUCUGUAGUCUUAUUUCUAUAAAUAUAUAU